AUGCAACGAUCAUUUUCUACAACAUCUGCUGAUUCCCAACAUUACAGUAGAUCAUUAGGGACAAAAGAACGAUCUGUACCUAUUCAACUUGUUUUUAAUAAAAACAAAGAUUAUUACUCAUCCGACACGGAUUCCCAUCGACAAACAUACCUUCAAAGAACACCAUCAACUAGUAGUUUUUGCUCUUCAAGCACUGCUAGUAGCGCAAAUUAUCGAAUAUUACCAGUACGUUAUACAUCCGUAGAUCGAGUCCUAGAAAGACCUGCAAUAAUUACUGCCAAUCAACAUGGUAUUAAUGUACGUAUUCAUUUUAAAAAGCCACAUUCACAUCAUUAUCGUCAUCAUCAUCAUCAUCAUCAUCAUCAUCAUGAAGAUGAUUACCAACACACAGAAGAACACGAAUAUUAUUAUAAAAAACAUCUGACAAAAGAUGGUCAACAUUAUGGUUCAUGUCCAGUAUUGAAUAAUAAUAAUAUUUAUAUUCAAAAUUCAAAUACAACAUUAAAUAAUCAACGGCGUCGAUCGAAUAUAAAAUAUAUUGAAACUCGAUCAAUAGUUCGAGGUUAUUCAAGUGAUCAAUUAAAUAAAAAUAAUCAUUCAAGUACAUUAAUUAUUCGUCAUCAGUCACUUCCACCAUUAACAAUAAAACCAUCACCAAGAAUAAUUCGUACAAAAAUAAAACAUAUUCCACUUGAUCUAUAUUCAAAAUUUAAACCAAUAAUGACACGAGAUUUCGAAAAUGAUCUUCUUUCUCAAGCAAGCCGUAUUAAAGAUAUCCGUAAUCUUGUUCGACAAGAAUAUAACUCAUCGUCACAUCAAGAACUACGUUCAUUAGUUAAUCAAACAUCUGAUUAUGCACAAGAUUUAUUUACAAUAUCAAAAGAUUAUUCCGACAAAUUGGAUAUCGCUGAAACAACAUUAAGUCUCGUUACUGAUCUAACAUCUCAUAUAAUCGAGCUUGAAACUCGUUUAGCUUCUCAUACACCUCUUAUUGACGAUGAACAAUAUAUUCAUCGUCAAUUAGAUGAUCUUAAUGAACUUGAUAAACAAUUGCAAUCAAUUGAGAAGUCUAUUAAAGAACUUCUCACGCAAAGUAAACAAUUGGGUAAUGAUAAAUUAAUUCGUAUAAGUGAACAAUUAACAUCAAGAUGGCAACAAAUUAAUUCGGAAAUUAAUCAACGAAAUCGAUCAAUUGCACAAUGCUUGGAAACUCAUCGAUCGUUUGAAACAUUAUAUCAACAAGAAGGACACAUACUUGAUAAUUUACAACAGCGUAUUGAAACCCUUGAACCAAUCCCAACUGAUCCUAAUAAACUUCGACUAAUGGCAAAAACUGUUACCGUAUAA